AUGCGAACUGCUCGAACAGACCUGCUCUUCAUGCGAGCUUCAGCGUCAAAAGAAGAUGGUGUUGAGACGCUCGCACCCCGACUUGCCCCGGUCACCCGUCGUGGGACAAUUCAAGGACCAGGCGCCUCUCCCACUUUGGAAGCGCCUCGGAUUCGUCAAGUGGCAGCCAGGCACGCGUUGACCGGACAGGGAUGCGCGGGUUGUGUGGGGGGAGAUGGUCAUCGCCGGCAAGGCCAGUCAAGGGGCGGCCCCUUGGAUGCCCCCCUCUCAACGGGUGGUGUCCUCUUGGUCCCCAUGUCCCGUCUGGGGCCUCUGUUUCCACGGACGCGGAUGCUCAAGGCGCCAUCGCGUCACACCCUCCCGGGCUGUGAGAGACGCCUCGCUGCCGACUCUCGAAAACGCCCCUUCGCCGCUGCUCAAGCAGACUGCGGAGCGGACAACGAACGAGCCUCUGACGGCGGCGGUCAAGAGGGCGCUCCGUUCAGCUGCUCCACCAGAAAUCUAGGCCGGGCGACGGUAUUCGCUCGCCGCCAUGCGGCGUUCGAAGCUAGACACUAUGAUACACACACCUUUUUGAUGGAUUUAAUCUGCCUUGCUCGUCCUUGA